GGAUGAAGGCACGGAUUUUAAAAAGGAACCGCGGCAUCACUCUGUACCACAACAACUUUCUGGUCCGAAAACAAGAAGUAACUGGCGGUGUUUGGCACAGCCGACUGAGAUACGAUGGCAAACAUAAUCUUUGCAGAACGUGAAAAUGCAGGUCUCCAUGCUCCUACGCUGAAGAUGCGACAGCGACUGCAGUCUGCUCCAGAGAAACUCCUGAAGUCUCCCAUGACUGCCAAAACCUUACACACUCCUCUGCCAUCUGGGCGUAAGGCUUUUGGGACCGUUAACAAAAUAACUUCAACCCCUGGUGUCAACGCUCAAGAGAAGAAACUCUUAAAGCCGCAGGAAGCCAGUGUCAAACAUGUUCCCCAGGUCAAAGUGGAGGAGUAUCCAGAGAUUGAGAAGUUUUUCCCUUAUGACCCACUAGAGUUUGAGAAGUACAGCGUACCUGAAGACCUCAUUCCACUCAGUGGCCUCGCUCUGCCUGGACUGGCCUGUUUUCCUCAAGCUCCACGUCUGUAUGAGGAGGAUGUGGAAAAGCUUGAACCACUCCCAGACCUGUCACCUGAAAAGAUGCCCAGAUGUUCAGGUUAUUGUUCGGAGCUGGAUGAGUUUCUGCAAACGCUUGAUGAGCUGACCGUUGAGCUUCCUCCAGAACCCGUUACUGACUUUUAAGUGUAUUUUUGUUUUUACUGCUUUUUUUUUUUUUUUUUUUUAAAUAGAAUAAAGUUGUUUUAUUUCCUUCUA